AUGGACAAGUUUGACACCAUGACGGACUGGAUGUCCCAGCUUCCCCAGAUGCUGACCACUGUUCCCCUCUGGAACCUGGCCAUACCUGGGAGCCAUGACAGCAUGACUUAUUGCCUAGACGCUUCUGGUGAGCUGGAGCCCAAUAGUUCACCUGAACUUGAUGGGCUGAAAACCCUGGAGACCCUCCUGCAGCCAAUCAUGCCUCAGAUCAACAAGGACAUCAAUGACGUCAUCAAGAGCUGGGUCACCACUCAGGACCUCACCAUCGUGCAGCAGCUUCAUGCCGGUAUUCGCUACUUUGACAUGAGGGUCGCGUGUAAGCCAGACGAAGAGGAUGGCAGUCGCCCCCUGUACUUCGCCAAGAUGCUCUACACCACAGCAGAGGUGGAGGAGACCUUCAGGCAGAUGUCCAAGUGGUUGGCUGAGCACCCCAAAGAGGUCGUCAUCAUCUCCUGCAAGAACUUCGACGGCAUGAACAGCGAUGACCACCAGGGCUUCAUCACCCAGCUGAUGGACAUCUUUUCAAACAAACUCUGCCCCAACACGGAAACGCCUACUCUUCAGGAUUGCUGGGAUAAGAACUACCAGGUGAUCUUGUCUUACGCUGACGAAGAGCAGGCAGCCAAUCAAGAGUUCCUGUGGCCGUGGCCGGAGACCAACUACUGGGCAGCCAAUCAAUUUACUGCAGAUGGGGUUCUAGAAUACUUGAAGAAGCGCUUCCAGACAGAGGGGAGAAAUGCUGGGUUCUUCGCGACUGGUCUGAACCUGACUCCUGAUGAGCAGUACGUGCUGGAGCAUCCGUAUUCCUCCCUCCACAAGAUGGCCUCUUCUGCAUACCCUCAGCUGAUGCAGUGGGCCACCAAGCAGCAGCCAGGAGCUGGGAGAACCUGCAUCAACAUCAUCGCUGCUGACUUUGUGGACCCCUACUUUACCCAGCUUGUUAUCAAUAUCAACAGGAAAGAAUAA